GUUACACACGUGUGUGAUAUGUACACAAUGAAAGGUUCAUUCGGUCCAGUUUACUAAUUUACUAUAGACACUAUAAUAGUACAGUUAUACAAUAUAUUGUCUAUUGUGUAUACAUAAACUUCGCUUUUUUUCGAAAAUGGAUGUACUUUUUUCUUACAAAAUAAACGCGCAAAGGUCAUCUUAAUUACGUAAUUGGUGCGUGCCGGUUUAAGUAAAAAUAAUAAACAAGAGCAACUUUUACGCGAAUCAGCCCGAAAGGUCAUAUGUUCUAAUCUUUUUGUACCUACUUUAACGGGAUGGCACUAAAUUUCAAAAAGGUCACUUUUAUUGUUGGUUUGUCACUAACUGUCAUUGUCAUCUGCAGUGUUCUGUACGUGUUCACUGUAGGAUGGGAACAACAAAAUAACGACGUCGUGGGACCUGGACGAUUUUCAGAUCCUUCACUCAAAUUCGUCACCGUACUGUUCCGUCAUGGAAAUCGAGCACCAAUGUUAAAAUACAAGACAGACCCACACAAGUAUGCUUUUCCAGAAGGAAAAAUGGAAUUAACGAAAAAAGGAAAGCACAAUAUGUACAAAAAAGGACAGUUAUUUCGACGCUUAUAUAAUGGUUUCUUAAGUGACUUAUAUUUGGACAGUGAGAUUUUAAUCAAAACUACCAACACAAGUCGGACAUUCAUGUCAGCGGCAAUGGUUUUGGCAGGAAUGUAUCCACCAAAGAAUUAUCAAAAAUGGUCAAACUCAGAAACUGUGUGGCAGCCUAUUCCCAUUUACAGCAAUUCACCAGAUCUCGCAAAUUUAUUCGGUAAAAUGGAAAUAUGUCCGUCUAUUGAUUCUUUUGUCGCAAAUCUCCCACAAAUAAUAGGUUAUUCGGACAAAAAUAUAACAGCACUGAUAUCAUUUUUGUCGGAAAAUUGCGGACAACCGAUGACCGGCAAAAAUGUUUUUCUACUGUACGACCUUUUUUUGUGUCAAAUAGCUGAUGGCUUAUCAGUGCCAGAAUGGAUUAAACCUUACCACCUUGCAACAAUGGAAUCAAUUUCUUCAAAAAUUUCUAAAAGUAUUUUUGAAAAUACAAGUUUAUUGAAAUUACUUGCAGGACCUCUGCUAAAUGAAAUUGGUUUGAACAUGGAAUCAAGUUCAAAUAAUUAUAAUACAACGAGAAAAAUGUAUCUUUAUUCGGGGCACGAUAUUAGCAUAGGAAUGGCAAUGAGCUUUCUUGGCCAUACUAUUGAAUGGCCGGGUUUCGGUGCUUCGUUACAUUUCCAUAUGUAUUACGACGUAACAAAAGGAUACACAGUUAAGGUAUUCUAUUUUGAUCGAUGGGACAAUGAAAAGGGUGAAGAAAUCUUAAUACCUAUUUGUGGUAAUCCUUGCAAAUUUGAAGACUUCAAAAAACUUUUGACUAAUAAUUUCUCUGGAAGUUGGGAAGAUGAGUGUCAAAAAAUAUAAAACUACCUUUAAAAUAUUUUCUUAUUUUAGUUUAUUCUUUUGUCUACCCAGUGCCCAAUGAAUUUCAUUAAAUUAGUAGUUAUAAAACAUUGUAAAAAUAAUUAUGUUAUUAUAAACACUGUUUUAAAAGUAAAUAUUUAAACAAUAUAUACUUACUUAGAAAUAC